GCUCGCUACGCCACUGCAUAGAGAAUAAACCUUGUAUCCAAAAACAUAUUUCUUCUGAUUUAGAUGACCACUGCAGAAUUUAAUUAAGCUUGUCUGCUGCUCGCCUCCAAUAGGAUUGGCACCAAGUUAUUUGCAAACAUACCAAUCAUGAUCAGUGACAGCUGUUCAUGAUGAACUGAUCUUGAGUCUGAACUUUGAAACAAGCUCCGAAAAAAGAGAUCUGAUGUAUCCUUAUGGCUAUCCACUUUAGCCAACCUGUCAACCAUUUCCUUUCUAUAGGUGUCUAUAUGCAAUCUUGUUCACUGAAAAAACACCCUAUGGUAUUCACUGAUGGAUUUCAAUAAUGAUGAAUGUUUUGGACAGCAUUCAAAGUAAUAAGAUUACCAUGCUUCCGUGAUUUAUACCGAAGAUGAAUAAAAGCUAUGACUGUCGUUCAGAAUGUAGACAUCUUUGCCAAGAUUAGUAAUCAUUUUACAAUUAUUUCUGUUGAUUAUUACAUUCAUUUAAUGCAAAUUCACGUAAUGCACAUUAAUUGAUAUAUGAAUUGGUACUAUUCCAUUAGAGCAACGUCAGUUAAAAAUGAAGAUAAAUGAGAAGAAAACAAUGCUACAACAACAUGCUAGAUAUCGGGGCUCGAGAUCUUAGCUCCAGUUUUCAUUUGAAAUAUCAUCACACAUUUUUUUCUCCCCAUAUUUCGCCAUUUUUUUAAUACGAUGAACUACACAAUUUAGGAAUUACCUAAUGAUGAAGAAGCUGCCUUAAGAUUCCUUCAGAGCAAAGGAAUAAUUCAUAGCAAUUGACUUUGUUCUCAGAAUCAUUCAAUGAAUUAUGCUUUUUUGGUUUUGGACAAUCAAAAUUUACAAGAAUUAUGGGAUCCAAAAAGUCGCAAAGAACAACCAUUGCGUAUAUUAAAUGGUAGAAUUUUCUUCCAUUUCAAUUCUAAGCUUUGCCCAAAAAAGAUAGAAGAGUUAAAAGAAUAUGCUAAAAAACUGGAAUGGGAUGACAGAGAUGUAUCACCAAGCUCAAAUGGAGAUAGAAUUGCAUGUGGUGUUACAGAUAUGAAUGUUACAGUAUACACUUUAACUCCUUCUAUGGUCAAAGUCAAAUGGAUUAGUUUUAGCAAACAAUUAGAUGAUGAGAGAUAUCUGCUGGGAUAUGUAAUUUAUUACCGUGAAGCUCCAUACCGGAAUAUUACAAUGUUUGAAGGGCGUGAUGCAUGUGGAACAGACAUUUGGACUGUAAGAGAUGUUGAAGUUAGCCAAGAGUCAAAGGAAUAUAAUUCUUAUAAUAUUGCAAACCUGAAGCCUUUUACCCAGUAUGCUCUUUACAUUCGUACUUAUACAACUACAUCUGGAAAGCAAGGAGGACAAAGUUCUAUAGUUUAUUUCAAAACAGAUGCAUAUACACCAUCUCCUCCUGUUAAUAUUAAGGCUCGAUCAACACUCCAUGGUGAAAUAGUUAUAUCAUGGAAACCACCAAAGAGACCUAAUGGAGAUGUAACACACUAUAUUGUAACUGGCAUAUAUGAAGAAGAGCCUGAGGAAUUCAUAAAUCAAAGAAAUUACUGCUUAGAACCCAGAGCUUUUCCUGAUUACAAAAGUAGUGAAGAAGACGAAUUGAAGUAUUUGACAACAAUGGAUAAUGGAAAUUCAUCAAGUCUUGGCGUCGAUGAAGUGAAAGAUUGUUGUCCAUGCACUAAAACUUAUAGCAAACUUGGUGAAGGUGAUGAUGAUGCUGAAUUUCAGAUGCAUUUUGAAGAUUUUUUGCAGAAUCAAGUAUAUUAUAAAAACCCUUUCAUGUUCAGAAGAAAGAGACAAAUUUACUUUCAAGACUCAGCCAACAUAAGUGCUCUAAAUUCCACAGAGUUGAACCAAACUGCUUACAAUACAUCUAGUGAAAUAGAAGAGGAUGCAUAUUUAGAUGGGAACUUAGUGCAGUUUAAGCGAUAUGUAAAUCACAAUACAUUUCUAGUUAUCUCCAAUCUAAAGCAUUUUGCAGAGUAUACAAUAAAAAUAAGAGCUUGUCAAGACACCAGACCAAGGAAGACCAUUGAUAAUUGUAGCACAAAAGCAAUAACUAGUGUGCGUACACUUCAUCUAGCUGAGGCUGAUGACAUAAAAGCUGUUUAUGUUACAACUGACAAUUCUACCUCUUAUUCUGGUUUUGUACGAUGGGAAGAGCCAAAAGAUCCAAAUGGAGUUAUUGUAACAUAUACUCUUGAAUAUAGGCGCUUGAAUGGAGAAAGUAAGAAGCCUAAUCGCAUUUGUGUCACUCGAACAAAUUACCUGGAACGUAAUGGUUAUUUUCUGCCAGAGCUUGUUCCAGGAAAUUACUCCCUGAGGGUCAGAGCAACAUCCUUAGCUGGACAUGGAAACUGGUCUGCUUACACUUACUUCUUCAUUUCUAAGGUUACUGAUGAUUUCACAUUGGAAGUUGUCAUUGUUCUUGCUGUUGUGAUAUUGGUUUCAGUGAUGUUUGGAACGUUGUAUGGUGUAUAUAAAUGGAAAUUUAGUCCAAGAAUUCCAGAUUAUGUUGAUUAUGCAUCAGUUAACCCUGAAUAUAUGAGCUCUAAUCUAGUAUAUGUACCAGAUGAAUGGGAAAUCCCUCGUGAAAAAGUUAAACUUCUGCAAGAGUUAGGACAAGGUUCAUUUGGAAUGGUGUAUAAAGGAGAAGUAUAUGAUUUAGAUGGAAAAGCUUGUACACCUUGUGCUGCUAAAACUGUAAAUGAAAGUGCCACAUUAAGAGAACGAAUAGAAUUUUUGCAAGAAGCAUCUGUGAUGAAAGCAUUUGAUUGCCAUCAUGUUAUCAAAUUAUUAGGUGUUGUGUCCAAAGGUCAGCCUACACUUGUAAUAAUGGAAUUGAUGACUAAUGGGGAUUUAAAGUCAUACCUUCGCUCUCAUCGUCCGGAUUCAGAAGAAAAUCCAGGGCAGGUGCCACCAACUUUGAUUCAAAUUCUUCAGAUGGCAGCUGAAAUAGCUGAUGGCAUGGCAUAUCUUGUGUCAAGAAAAUUUGUUCAUAGAGACCUUGCAGCUCGUAACUGUAUGGUGGCAGAGGACUUAACUGUGAAAAUUGGUGACUUUGGCAUGACAAGAGAUGUGUAUGAGACUGAUUAUUACCGGAAAGGUGAUAAAGGGCUACUUCCUAUUCGUUGGAUGGCUCCAGAAUCUCUAAAGGAUGGUAUAUUUGAUAGUCAUACUGAUGUGUGGUCUUUUGGUAUUGUUCUUUGGGAAAUGGCAACAAUGGCAUCACAGCCAUAUCAAGGCUUAUCUAAUGAAGAAGUGCUAAAAUUUGUUGUUGGUGGGAACAUUAUGGAAAAGCCAGAAGACUGCCCAGAAAAACUGUAUACAUUAAUGCUUAUGUGCUGGCACAAAAAUCCUAAAGCUCGUCCUACAUUCAUAGAAAUUAUUGAAAUGUUACUUCCAGAGGUCACAUCAAAGUUCCAUAAAUAUUCGUAUUACUUUACUCAGUACCGUUUGAUGAAUACUGACAAUGAAGACUCAGCUACCCCUAGUACACCUUUACGAUCUGCUCGUGAAGAUAUUUUAAAUGAGCAGCAAGAAUAUAAAUAUUUUCCUAGUGCAACACAAUUACCUGAAGAAAUUACCAGUUCCCAUGAACAAUGUGAUAUAGGGCAAUCAGCUUCAUUUGGAACCAGAACAUUCAGUGCCACUUCUAAUGAAGGAAGCAAAGGAAUUUCUGUUACUUAUUCCGAUGGAAGCAAGGGUAGCAAAAUCAGUAGCAUGUCUAAUGGAAGCCUAUCUAAUGGGCAUCUAAAUGCAAACUAUAACAGAGCUACUGAAUGCUGAUCAUUUAUGAAGCAAAAGACUUGUAUUCAACAUAUUGUUGAUAUAGCAAAUCGCUAACUUUAUGAAUAUCAUUAUGUAAUGCACCUUUGUUAAAACAAAUAUUAAGUGCCACAAUUUCUAGAAAUGCUUUUAAGGUGAAAUGAUUUUAUAAAUUUAGAUUAUGACAUUGCAUUUAAUGGCUGUAGCAGAGUUUUUCCUUAUACUAUAUGUGUUAUAAUGGAAAAGGAUUAGAUGUGGAUUUUCAUAGCUGAAAAAUGUGUUUUAUUAUGAAAUCAGUUAAAAUUAUUUAUAAGCAGUGUAAAUCAAACUAAAUUUUUUAUCAAUAAGCAAGGUUUACAAAUUAUUUACUAAAACUUUGCAAAUAUUUAACUUAAUAGCUAUUCUUAAAGUAAAAAUAUGUGUUUUGUGUAAAUAAUUAAAGUAACUGCUUUCUGCAUGUUAGUAUCAAUUAUAAAAAAUCUAUGAACAUUUUUCACAUGUUUAAAAUUGUAUUGUAGAUCUUAUUGUUUGUGACAGUGAUAUUAGCAGAAUGUGAUUGUUGACAGUUUUAAGGCUAUGCAGCAUAGAUACAUGUUAUCAUCUAUUUUAGAACAAUGUGAUAUUUCACUUUUCAUAUUCAUGUUUUUAGUCACUUUUAUUUAAUUUUCAGUCAGUUAACUUUUAUUUAAUGUGUGUGUAUAAAUGAAAUUAUUUGCUUAUAUAAUUAACUCUAACGCAAUUUCAAAUGUAUAAUAUUAUUAAAUGUAUUAAAUGAAAUGUACUUUUAUCAACUGACUAUUUCAAAAUAAUAAAAAUAUACAAUACUUAUUUUUCACCUAAAAAAGCAAAUGGGUAUUAUUGUAUUAUAAAAAAUUAAUAACUUUUCGUGUGGAAAUAGCAUAUAUUGUGUCAAAGUGUUACUAUUGUGUUCAUAACAUUAGAAUAUAAUCCAGUUUCUAUAAUUUUAUGUAUUAAUAAAUAUGCUAUACAUUAAUAAAUAUGUCAUACUUUAAAAAA